AUGCCGGGAACUAUGACUGAAAAUGAACAUCUAUUGAGUCUUGUUUCAAUAGAAGUACUCAUAAGUCACGUUCAUAUUAAUCUUAAUAUUGAAUGUCAUUUACCAUGUAUAGUUUUUCGUCUACUCGAUUAUCCAGCUGUAUCAAUACCGUAUUUUGAUCAAUGGCAAAUUGAAGAAUUUCAUAGUGUAAAACGUGAUUAUCCAAAUAUUUCAUGGCGUCAAUUACUUUCCGAUCAAUUCUAUGAACUUCGUUCAGCGAAUGGAAAAUUUAAUUUUAAACGUGGUAAAUCAUGUUUAUUUAAAACUUAUUUCAAAACAUUAUAUACACAUUUAUUAAAUGUUCCACUUUUUCUUUUACUUAUUGAUCAAAUUAAUGAUAAUGGUACGAAUGAUAAUACAACACAAUUUAUUGGAAGUUGUAAUAUAAAAUUAAAUGAAUUGAUUGAAAUGUUAAAUCAAUCAAUUAUUAAAAAUGGAAAGGAUAUACCACUUGUUGAACAACAAACAUUUUAUUGUACACUUUUUAAUUUAAUGGGUACACAAAUUGGUACUUGUAAUGUUGCUGUUCGGUUUUGUCAUUAUGGUACAACUAUUUUAACACAAUUACCUAUGCUUGAUGAUAAACUUCUAACAAAAAUAGAACAAAAAGCUCCGAUCGAAACUAAGAAAAAUAUUAACGAAAAAUCAUCAACAGUACCAGUAGUAUCACCAACAUUGCCUUCAUCAGAACCACCACCACCACCAACUGUGGAUACAAUUGUUAAACAUAUUCAUUUUGUUAAUGAAAAAAAAGAUGUUGGUUUACAAAUAUCUCGUAGUGACCUUCCAUUAUCAACAUCAAAUCAUAAUAAAUCAGCUCAAACACGUUGGACAAGUACAAAAACUUAUCAAACUACACAUCAUUCUAAAAGUCGAUCUUUACGUACUAUAGAAGAUCCAUUAUUUGAUGAUAUAUCGAUUGCGUCGUAUCAACCACCACCUCUUUAUUUUAAUUCGAAUUCUGAUUUUCUUCAAAUGAUAACACCAAUCAAUGCAAAAUGUAUGGAUGAAGCUAAAGAAAAUCGUUUAUCUUAUCUUGCAUCAAUUCCUAUUGCCAGUUUUACUAAUGAACUUGAUAUCGAUGAUGAUGAUGAUGAAGACAAUGAAAAUAUUCAUAUUAAACAACAACGAUUAAAACCAAAAAGUUCACAUAAUGUACGUUUUAAUUUAUCUUCAUCAUCUGUACCACCACCGGCAAUUAUUCCUCGAACAAAAAUAAUGCCAAAACAACCAUUAUUAACAGAAAACUUUUUACAAAAUUUUCCUCUUCUUCGUGCAUUAGUUGAAGAAGCCUUAGCUUUACAACAACAUGAUCAGUUUAAUCUUCCGUUGGCGAUGAAUCAUAUUAUGACUGAUGAACGACCGCAUUCAACGAAACAACCAGGUCAAAGAAAAUUAAAACAAAGUCCAGUGCGACCUAAAUCAGCAACAAUGGUACGUUCAGUACGAACAAAAUCUGUUAUUGUAGCAAGAAAUAUAAAUAAUACUCGUCGACUUUAUCCGCCCCCACCGGAAACAAGACAAAUGGUUGUAACAAAAAAUGAAGUACGAAGUCUGGUUGAUCGUCUUUCUAAACCAAAAUUUAAUAAACGACUUGAACAACAAGUUGCGUUUGCUGAACAAGGAACAAUAAUCGAAGAACCUAUUAUAACUCCACGUCUUCCACCGAAAACUACUUCGACUACGCCAACUGGUACACCUAGAAGUAUAGUAUCACAAAAGCCACCACUUUCUUAUGGUACAACACGUGCUCAUCGAUUAUAUGCUGAAUAUUCUCGAGCUCGUCGUGCUGCAAAUCAACCUCAACCAACUGCUUCAUCAAAACCUCAAAUUACUCCACGAAAAGAAUCAUCAUCAUCCAAAGGUCGAAUUAUUUCACCAUCACCUCAAUUAAUUAAUACAGGCACACUUUCAAAUUUUUCUCUUCUCAACAAAGUUGAUAUUGAUACUGCUACUAUAGAAAAAAAUAGUUUACAACAAAUUUCAUCCGAACAAACACAACAAAAUACUGGUCCAAGUACGAAAUCAUCAUCAACAACAAGUCAAGAUGUAACAUUAGAAUUAAAUCAACACUUAUCAACAACAUCAUCGACAUCACCAUCGUCAUCAUCGUCAACAACAACACCUGAACCAACACUACCUGAACAUCAUCAUCAGCCUAAUAAUGAAAGAAAUGAAUUAGGAUUUUCCAUUACUGAUGUUACUGAUUAUUUUACCGAUGGUGAUAAAAGCUCAAGUAGUCGUCCAACACCACGACAAUCAACGUAA